UUUGCUAUUUUGCGUGCAAGAAGCCGCAGAGAAAGCUGACUGGGACAGGACAUUGGUGGAGGGCAUACGAAGUCAAGACAGGGCACAACAAAAACUAUUUCAGAAAUGUUUUCCCUGUCUUCUACAUUGCAACCACAGGUUACAGUCCAACUGAGCCAUCUCAUCAAUGCCUUUCAUUCUCUCAAGAGCUCUGUUAGUAGCACGUCUGGCAGAGUUCAGCAUCGAGAUCAGGCCCCAGAACAAGAUGUACAGAUUGCAGAGACUACCUGGAACCUGAGGGAGCUAGGUUUGACAGACCUAGGGGUUGGACAACUAGACGAAAUAAUGAAUAAGUUGCUGCCUAGCAUUGUCCAGCAGGGGGCACUCCCAGCCUCAAACCCAACCAAAAGCCCAUGGAAAACCUCCCAUAGUUCCACAGAGUCAUUCUUCCUCAACAAGAAUGGAUUUUCUGGAGGACUUAUUUGUGGGCCUUCCCCAAUCUUCUGCAGACAGAAUAUUUCUCCUCUACAGACUUUACAAGUAGAUAUGCAGUUUUGGCCAUUAUGGCAGCAGAGUCGGGGCUUUAAAACCUUGAAGUCUAGAAGACGACUGCAAGGUUUCGAUCGCUCAGUGGAACCUGAGGGGUUUACUCCUUCUUUCAUGAAGAAUUUCCUGACACGAGACAAGGGACAAGAGGUGGAAACUCUCGACAAGAUGCUUAAAAACAGAAACAUUCCCACUGGACAGCACGACGCUUUCAAGACUGGCUUUGCUGAAGGUUUCCUGAAAGCCCAAGCACUUUCUCAGCGCACACAAGAAGCCCUGAGGCGGACUCGACUCAUCCUCUUAGUGCUGCUACUGGUGGGCCUGUACGGACUCUCCAAGACACCCUUUCUGUCAGUGCGAUUCCGAACCACAUCAGGAUUGGACUCUGCGGUGGACCCUGUUCAGAUGAAGAAUGUGACAUUUGAGCAUGUGAAGGGGGUGGAGGAGGCUAAGAACGAGCUGCAGGAGGUGGUGGAGUUCCUGAGGAGCCCGCAGAAGUUCACUGUCCUCGGGGGAAAGCUGCCCAAAGGCAUCUUGCUGGUCGGCCCUCCGGGUACUGGCAAAACUCUGUUGGCCAGGGCUGUGGCAGGAGAGGCCGAUGUACCCUUCUACUACGCCUCUGGAUCUGAGUUUGAUGAGAUGUUUGUGGGUGUUGGAGCUAGUCGCAUCAGGAACCUGUUCAGGGAAGCCAAGGGCAAUGCUCCAUGCGUGAUCUUUAUCGACGAGCUGGACAGUGUGGGGGGCAAGAGGAUCGAGUCACCCAUGCAUCCUUAUUCCCGACAGACCAUUAAUCAGCUCCUGGCUGAGAUGGACGGGUUUAAACCAAAUGAGGGGGUCAUCAUCAUUGGAGCCACCAACUUCCCGGAAGCUUUGGAUAAUGCCCUGAUAAGGCCGGGUCGGUUUGAUAUGCAGGUCACCGUCCCCAGGCCAGAUGUGAAAGGACGCACAGAGAUCCUGAAGUGGUACCUCAGGAAGAUCAAGGUAGACCCAGCUGUGGAGGCGGAGAUCAUCGCCAGGGGAACCGUGGGGUUCUCGGGGGCGGAGCUGGAGAACCUGGUGAACCAGGCGGCGCUGAAGGCGGCCGUGGACGGCAAGGACAUGGUCACCUUGAAGGAGCUGGAGUUUGCCAAGGACAAGAUCCUCAUGGGCCCAGAGAGGAGAAGUGCAGAGAUCGACGAGAGGAACAAAAAGAUCACAGCCUACCACGAGUCUGGACACGCCAUUAUUGCAUAUUACACCAAAGACGCCAUGCCCAUCAACAAGGCCACCAUCAUGCCACGAGGCCCCACCCUGGGCCAUGUGUCCAUGCUGCCAGAGAACGACCGCUGGAGCGAGACCCGAUCCCAGCUGCUGGCCCAGAUGGACGUCAGCAUGGGAGGUCGCGUGGCAGAGGAGCUCAUUUUCGGGGCCGAAAACAUCACCACAGGUGCAUCGAGUGACUUUGAUGGUGCAACAAAGCUAGCCAAAAUGAUGGUGACUCGAUAUGGAAUGAGUGAAAAGCUGGGUGUGAUGACCUAUGCAGACCAGACAAAGCAGAGCCCAGAGACACAAGCAGCUAUUGAGAAGGAAGUCCGGAUACUGCUGAGGGACUCUUACGAGCGGGCCAAAGCACUCCUGAAGAGCCGCACCAAGGAGCACAAGAACCUGGCCGAGGCCCUGCUCCGAUACGAGACCCUGGACGCCAAAGAGAUCCAGAUGGUCCUGGAGGGGAAGGCUCUGCAGACCAGAUAAGCUCUGGAGGCGUUAGGAGACUAAUGCCACGAGUCCUGAAUGUACAUGUGCAACAACAAAAACAACAACAACAACACGUCAAGCCGCACAAGCUAGUUUCUCAAAGUGUUUUUUGACCACGUGUCUAGGCUACACAUCUCGUCACUUUAUCCUUUGGGCCUUGGAAGACGUGUGCUGGAGCAUGAGGUCAUGCUGGAGCAUGAGGUCUUCACUCGGACAGGGCCCAGGAAAUGUUCACCCCAAUCUAAGUCUGUCCACGUACAGUAUGUCCUGUGACUACUCGGCCUGUUUGUUGACUGUCUGCACACUUCACACUACCUGUUAUACCCACGCUGGCCCUCUGCACUUUAUCAAGUCGUCUGUUCCACAGCAAACAAGCCGCAAGCUUAUGCAUCAUGUCACUAGUAAUAAAUCAGAAAUAAGGCCAGCAGUAAAUACUUGUUUCCAGAUGUCAUCUGAUGUCCUUUGGUUGGUGGUUUAUCAAUUUUACGCCAGUUGUGUUUUGUGUGUGUGUGUUUCUUGUAAAAGGUGGCCUUUCAGAAUUCUGUAGGUGAAGGUAUUUGUUUCUUGGGAGGAGGUGCAAAACAAUGCGUCGUUCGUAGCACUUUGGUCAAAGCAAAACUGUAAGUGUGCGUGAGUGUAUAAUCCUGCUUUGACUUAACACAUGUAAAAUGCUGCUUCCUCUUCGAUCAUUUGAAAUUGCAAUCAACAUCUGAAUGCUGGCAUGUCCUCUGUAUGUUUCUCCUGCUGUGUGUGUGUGUGUGUGUGUGUGUGUGUGUGUGUGUGUGUGUGUGUGUGUGUGUGUGUGUGUGUGUGUGUGUGUGUGUGUGUGUGUGUGUGUGUGUGUGUGUGUGUGUGUGUGUGUGUGUGUGUGUGUGUGACACAAUGACACAGGACAGAUGAGGGUGAUAGAAAGUCUUUGAAAUGACUGAAUCCAUUUUUUUUUUUUAAAUGAGCGACUCAGGGAUGUGGAGAGCUUGGUGUCUGGUGAACGGCUGACCGUGGCUGUGUAAUACAGACUCCCUGUUUCAUGCAUAUCAGUGUGAGAUGUUGGGCAAUUCAAGUGUGACUGCUUUUAAUUUCAUUUAGCUGCGGUCCUUAAAGGGAAACUAUUCUAUGCUCAGUAUUAUGGAUUUUUUCCCCUUCCAUAUGAAACUGCUGAUUUAUUUCCCCCGGUGACAUACAGUUUAGAAAGAUAUGAUGGUUUAUUUAUGCUACCUAGGGUGAGAGGGUAAAAAGCCAUAUCUGUAAGACUGAGCACAUGUUUCACACAUUAUGAAUGUCUUGGUUCAUUUGCUUUGAACUUAUUAGUAGUUUGCCAUGUUAAAUCCACAAAAUAUAAUCUGGUUCUGUUCAUUAUUCAGUGCACAACUCUUGUCCUGGCUUCUGCAUCUUGCCCUUGUGUUUGCCUUUUUACCCAUGCUAUGUAUUGUACAUAUUUAAAGCACUUCAAUGGGAACAUUGUAUAUAGCUGUAUAGAGGUAUUUUAAGUUGAGUAUUUAGUUUUAAUUUUAAUUUGCUUUUUUGUGUCCAAACUUGACAGAUUUGUCAAACCCAAGCUAUAAAUAAAGUAUACAACAACUCCUACCCCAUCUAGCAUGUGUGG